AUGGUCAACGAGUCUGAUCAGCCUUACAGACCGGAUUUCUUCCCCAUCGCUCAGCCGGCCGCCAGAGAUCUACAGCGUCCAACAUUCAGCAGGUCACACGACGUACGAGGAGGCAACGUCAAGCAUGUACGAAGUGUAGCAUGGUCAUGUGACGGGAGGAGAAUAGCUACGGGAGGUGAAUUCAAGGAAAUAUUGUUCUGGGAUACGAAGUUGAAGAUCGAUGCAAGGGCUUCAACAUCCUUGCCUUCUUCAUCGAAGACGACAGUACAUAAUGGGCACGUCGGGUCGAUAGCUUGGUCUCCUGUCGAACCGAAUAUACUGGUAUCGGGAGAUAAAGGAUCUUCGGCUGGUGGUGUAAUAGCAGUAUGGGAUAUCACUUCACCGUCAUCCCCGCUAGCAACGUUCAAAAUCCCAGGAGACGUACUGCACAUAUCCUUCCAUCCUUCCGGCCGACACUUUGCGGUAGUUUGCCCUCAGCGGAACAGGGACGAGGUGUUCUUCUAUUGGCUGAAUACGGUUGACGGAGUGGAAAAAUGGGAAAGGAGGGAGGAUAUAGCUUUGGGAGGGGCUUUGAUGGAUAUAGGAGCUGAGGAGAUAAAUAGUCUACGAUUCACCAAUUCUGGAAAACUGGUGUGUGCAGUAUCGAACGAUGGGUCGAUAAACGCUUGGAUCUAUCCCACGCAACUGCAAGUUCAGGCUCAAGAGGAACAACAAGUGGAAGAAGUACCUGAACCUAGGAUUAUUGAAAGUGGACCUUCGACCACGACCUCGACACCUAAAUUACCCACCGAUGAAGAAACAGCCGAGGCUGUAAAGAGCAGAGAAGGGAGUCGUGAGGGAUCGCCAGAAAAUACUAGAGAGGGGAAAGAGGUUGCGGAAGACGAUGUGGAGAUGAAUGAAGCGGAUGGGGAGGCAAAAGAAGAAGAAGAAUCUAAACCAUUGCAGAACGGCGAGGAAGGGAAAGAAGGCGAUGUCAAAAAAAGCGAAGACGAGAAACCUUUAGAGGAUAGUGGGGACGUGGAAAUGACAGAAGCUAGUACCAGCCAAACAGUGAUGCAGAACCCAUCUGAGAAUGCACCCAACGCUUCAUCAGUCGCACCUAGUCGACAACCAACUCCUCCCCUUCCCCCUCCUCCUACCAAACCAUCAGAAAAGAAAAAGGCCAAACAGCUUCAACGGUUCAGACAUGCUGUCUGUCACAGUGCGAGCUUACUCGGUUUGGCGUUUGAUCCUCAGGGGAGAUAUCUGGCUGUAGGGGGUCAGGAUGCUCUGUUGAGUAUGUUUGAUACGAGAGAUUGGAUCUGUGAGAGGACAUUUGAUGUUUGCUCUUCGGCUAUUCGACAUAUCGCUUUCUCAUAUGACGGGGAAUAUAUAGCAUUGGGAGGCGACGAUACGUAUAUCGCUAUUGUAUCUGUCUAUUCCGGUGCAACGGUAGCUAAACUACCAGUCCACGGAAUGGUCAGUUCGCUCGCUUGGCACCCGAAGUUGAAUUGGUUAGCAUAUAGUUAUUCGGGAAAAAUAGCAUCGCCAAUAUGGCAUAUAGUUCAACAAGAAACAUGA